GCGCCCUCCCCCGGCGUCGGGAUUCCUGUCCUCUCGGCGGCCCCGCCCAGGCGGCUGCCGGGACCUGCCUGGGCGCAGGGAACGGAAAGCCGGAAGGGGCAAGACGAGUUCAGUUCGCCAUGGGGCUGUUUGGAAAAACCCAGGAGAAGCCGCCCAAAGAGCUGGUUAAUGAGUGGUCAUUGAAGAUAAGAAAGGAAAUGAGAGUUGUUGACAGGCAAAUAAGAGAUAUCCAAAGAGAAGAGGAGAAAGUGAAGCGAUCGGUGAAAGAUGCUGCCAAGAAGGGCCAGAAGGACGUGUGUGUGGUCCUGGCCAAGGAGAUGGUCAGGUCCAGGAAGGCCGUGAGCAAGCUGUACGCGUCCAAAGCUCACAUGAACUCUGUGCUCAUGGGGAUGAAGAACCAGCUCGCCGUCCUGCGAGUGGCUGGUUCCUUGCAGAAGAGCACAGAAGUCAUGAAGGCCAUGCAGAGUCUUGUGAAGAUCCCAGAAAUCCAGGCGACCAUGAGGGAGCUGUCCAAAGAGAUGAUGAAGGCUGGGAUCAUAGAAGAGAUGCUGGAGGACACUUUUGAAAGCAUGGAUGACCAAGAAGAAAUGGAAGAAGAAGCCGAAAUGGAAAUUGACAGGAUUCUCUUUGAAAUCACAGCAGGGGCCCUGGGCAAAGCACCCAGUAAAGUGACGGACGCUCUGCCUGAGCCUGAGCCUGAGCUUGAGGGAGCCACAGCGGCCUCGGAGGACGAAGAGGAGGAAGAGGCUCUGGAGGCCAUGCAGUCCCGGCUGGCCACCCUCCGCAGCUAGGCCUCUGCCUGGCCCUGGCCUCUCCGUGGUCCCACGGGCGCCGACUCGGGAGAGCCCCGUCCUUGCAUCUCUUGCACUCCACAGAGCGUUACAUUUGGAGAAGGUUCUGUGCUUGCAUCCCUGCACUCCACGGAGGCUCUGGGUUCUUGAAGGUGCAGUGGACACCCCAUCUUCAGAAGGAGGGGCCGACGUGUCUUAUGGGGGAGGGCCAAGGUCCACUUCCUCAUGAUGCAAGUCUCAGAACAGAGUUGGUUGCCCAGA